CUGAUAAGUUGGGGUCUGGUGGUUGAGCUCUCCUAAACCGAGAGCGACAGGAUACACUUGUGUUUUAACUUUUACCUCUGCUCUACAUCCGAUUGUCAAAAUGUUUGAAGAAGCAAGUGAAGUAUUUGACAACAUGUUCAAAUCCUCUUUCCCCCUGACCUUUAUCGUGUUUAUACCCGCGGUGCUUAUCCUGGUGUCCCCGCUACCGGCCGAAGCGGCACACGAGUUCACGGUUUACCGCAUGCAGCAGUACGACCUGCAAGGACAACCCUACGGUACCAGAAAUGCUAUCCUGAACACUGAAGCUCGCACUGUUGAGGCAGAGGUACUAAGUCGUCGUUGUGUAAUCAUGAGACUGGCAGACUUUUCGUAUGAGAAAUACCAGAAGGCUUUGCGGCAGUCUGCGGGGGCCGUGGUCAUCAUUCUGCCCAAAAACAUGUCAGCUCUCCCCCAGGACAUCGUACAGCAAUUUAUGGAGCUGGAGCCGGAGAUGCUGGCCACAGAAACCAUAAUCCCAGUGUACUUUGCCAUGGAGGACGAUGAGCUGUUGUCCAUCUACACUCAGACACUGACCUCCUCCACAUCCCAGGGGUCUUUAUCAGCAGCUGAAGUGUUACUUCAUACGGCCACAGCAAAUGGUUUCCAGAUGGUCACAAGUGGCGCUCAGAGUAAAGCUGUCAGUGACUGGGCCAUCACCAGCUUAGAGGGUCGUCUGGCAGGAGUUGGUGGAGAGGAUCUGCCUACAAUUGUUGUAGUUGCACACUACGAUUCAUUUGGUGUUGCUCCCUGGCUGUCGUAUGGAGCUGAUUCAAAUGGUAGUGGGGUGUCUGUACUGCUGGAAUUGGCUCGUCUCUUUUCCAAACUUUACACGUACAAGAGGACACAUGCUGGAUAUAACUUGCUGUUCUUUUUAUCUGGUGGUGGAAAAUUUAACUACCAGGGCACCAAACGCUGGCUGGAGGACAACCUUGACCACACAGACUCCAGUCUGCUGCAGGACAAUGUCGCUUUUGUGUUGUGUCUGGACACUCUGGGCAAUGGAGACUCUCUACAUCUGCAUGUCUCCAAGCCUCCAAAAGAGGGCACUUCUCAGUACCAGCUGUUGAAAGAGCUUGAGAUGGUGGUCUCCAGUCAGUACCCCGAGGUCAAGUUCUCCAUGGUCCAUAAGAAGAUUAACCUCGCGGACGACAUGUUGGCCUGGGAGCACGAGCGCUUUGGUAUUCGGCGACUGCCGGCAUUCACCCUGUCGCACCUGCCCUCACACCGCCUGGCACAGCGUUCCAGCAUCAUGGACGUGCGGUCAGUGUCCCCCUCCUCUCAUUACGGAGUGGGAGAGCCCCCUGCUGGGCCUCAUGUUGAUGUGAAGAAACUUGGCAGGAACACAAAAAUUGUUGCAGAGGCUCUUGCCAGGGUUAUUUAUAACCUCACAGAAAAGGGUGCCCCAGGAGACCUGCAGAUUUUCACUGAACAAAUGCAGGUGCAGGAGGAGCAGCUCUCUGCAGUCGUAGAGUGGCUCACAGCUCAGCCACGAGCUGCACAGUUGGUGGAUAAAGACAGCAGUGUUGUUUCCACACUGGAGUAUCAUCUCACACGCUACCUCAAGGAUGUGAAGAAACAUUAUGUCAAAGCAGAUAAGAGAGAUCCUGAAUUUGUGUUUUAUGACCAGCUCAAGCAGACAAUGAAUGCUUACAGAGUCAAGCCGGCCAUUUUUGAUCUGCUGCUUGCUGUCUGUAUUGCUGCAUAUUUGGGUGUUAUGUAUCUUGCAAUUCAGAACUUUGGUGUUUUGUACAGUGUGGUCCGUAAGAUUACCCAGCCUAAAACAAAGACCCACUAAAGGUGUAUUUUACCAGUACAGUGCACUUUCCUCCAACCUGAGCUGCAACCUAUGAUGUCACAUCUUGUCUUGCUGCCAACUUAAGUCAUACUCUCUCAAGGACUAAGGGUAUCAGGAAUGACCAAAAUCAUGUUUUUGUCCUGGUGCAUGCUUUUUUUCACAAUAUCAGAUAUUUCUUGCAAAGAUUACUUUUUCAUUUCCCCUUUGAACUGUACCAGUGACCUCUCUGUGAAUUUUGUCUUGUUGGCAGCUAGAGUGGGUGAACUGGCCACACCAUUUUGAAUUUACACAAGACGAAUGGUCAGAAUAAAAUGUGAACCAUAGUGAUUUCUUUAUCUCCUGUCAUGUCUAACACAAAUUUAACCUAAUUGAAGCACUUUGCAGUAUAUAAAUGUACGAAUAACUGCUUUUUUAUUUCCCUCUUUUCCCCUUCUCGGGGUAAAAACUGAUUAUUGUUUCUGGGAUAUUUCUUAAAAUUUGUGCUUCAUUAAAAAAAAAUCUUAACUAGUUUAAGUUUAAUGAACAUAUGAACUUAAUACUGUUGAAAAACGUUAAGCUUAAGAUCUCAGCACUUUCAUCUAUCGUUAUUUACAUAAUUGUUUCCUGUCACAUCCUUUUGCCUGUCAGCUUUUUUUUUUUUUUUUUUGCUGCUGAUUUUGACUUUUUCUGACCGAAUGGAAACUUGGCUAAGAUUUUUAAUACAUUUUAAAGGCCAUAGCAAGAUUCAGGUCAAGUCAACAUAGCAGUUUUAUUUAGGUUUGAAAAUAUGGGCGACAAGACCUAAGCUAAUGUUGAACCAAACUAUAUAUAAUAGCUGUGUGGACAUGGCCUUUGUUUUGCCGGUAGUGGAUGAAUGCUGUUAGAUGUAUUUUUCAUGCAUGUUUCGUCAUCACCCCCCUGGAUGUGUGUCAACACUGUGUGUGGUAAUUAUUUAUUGAUGGCUUCCAUUUUGUGCAUUGCACUGAGGUCUUAUUUGGUCUUAACUGUAAAAUUGCCACACAACUUUGAAAAAAUGUUAUCUAAUUUGAAAUAAAUUAACACAAAACUUGUUAA